GCAGCCUAUAAAUCAAUUAAUAGAGAGAUGAUCAAUUACUUAUUUACGUCGAUUCUACUUCUUUUAGUCCUUAUAAUCACAUUGAAAUACAUUUAUUCAUCACGAAAGAAAUUACCACUUCCUCCGGGUCCAUUUCCAUGGCCAUUGAUUGGGAACCUUUUACAAAUUGGUAAAACACGUCCUCAUGCUUCUCUAGCAAAGCUAGCUCAAGUUCAUGGCCCUGAUUUUAUGUCCAUAAGGUUCGGUACGCGACUCAUAGUUGUCGCCUCAUCCCCUGCUGCUGCUGCUGAGGUUCUCAAAACACAUGAUCGCGUUCUUUCUGGUCGUUAUGUUUCUCGUGUUGUUCGAAUCAAGGGAUCAAUAGUCCAUAACUUGUCAACUGCUUUUCUAGAAGAGUGUGAUGAUAAUUGGAAAAAGGUACGAACUAUAUACAGGGGAGCCCUGUUUUCUACGAAAGCUCUGGAGUCUCAGGUUAGUACGAGAGAGAAAAAAGUCAUGGAAAUGAUACGAUAUUUGGAGGAAAUACAAUUAAACCAAGUGAUUCAGAUCAGGGAAGUAAUUUUUGUGACGGUUUUAAAUAUAUUGGGCAAUUUGCUUCUUUCGAUGGAUUUAAUUGAUUUUGAAGGCAGGGGAGUGGGUGAAGAAAUGAUGAAGUACCUGCGUGAAUUCACGGAGACAGGUGCAACUCAAGAGUUAGCUGAUAUGUUUCCUGUUUUGGGUGCAAUUUGCAGUAUGAAUUUCCAGAGAACAUACAAGAAAAUCAUGGAUUUGUUCAAUAAAACGUCUGUUGUUUGGGCUGGCGUCGUUCAGGAGAGAAGAAAAAGAGAGAGUCAAACUUCUAUGGAUGCUGUAGAUUUUGUUGAUGCUUUGGUUAAAAAUGGUUUCACUGAUAAACAUAUCAAUGCAUUGCUUAUGGAAUUAUUUGGAGCCGGGACAGAAACCACAAUUGUUACAAGUGAAUGGAUGCUUGUGGAGCUCUUGAAAAAUCAUCAAUGCUUAACAAAACUCCGCGAUGAAAUUGCAAACGUAGUAGGAGAUAAAGACGUUAUAAUAAGGGAAUCUGACUUGACGAACAUGCCAUACUUGGAUGCUUGUCUGAAAGAGACAUUAAGGUUGCAUCCUCCUGGCCCGUUGCUACUCCCUCAUCGCGCUGUGGAAACAUGUGAAGUCAUGGGCUACAGAAUUCCGAAAGACACACAAGUGAUGGUCAAUAUGUGGGCAAUUGCGAGGGAUCCAAAGGUUUGGGAUGAUCCUUCAAGCUUCAAACCCGAAAGAUUUAUGAACUCUAAGAUGGACUAUAAAGGGCGAGAUUUUGAGUAUAUUCCAUUUGGUUCGGGAAGAAGAAUGUGUGCUGGAGAACCUCUGGCUUCGAGGUUUGUUCCUUUAGUUGUUGCUUCUUUGGUCCAUAAGUUCGAUUGGUUUCUGCCAAAUGAUAUGAAUCCGGAUCAGAUUGACAUGGAUGAGAUCUUGGAUCUCAUAAUUUCUAAGAAAGAUCCAAUUCUUGUCAUUCCUAAAUUGAGGAAAUGAUCUGUAAAAACUCCCAUAAUUACCUUUAUAAAUUGUACCACAAUAAUCAACCUUCUU